AUGGGUUCGCUGUACCACGAGAAGCAGGUCUCCCUGCUCUGCGGCGUCCACGCGCUCAACACCCUCCUCCAGGGUCCUUACUUCACCGCCAACGACCUGAGGGACAUCGCGGCGGAGUUCGACCAGCGCGAGCGCGAUCUCAUGAAGGAGGCGGGCGUCGACUCCGCGGACUUCCUGCGGUACAUGGCCGAGGACUCGGGCAACGCGGCGGUGGACGGCAACUUCAGCAUCCAGGUGCUCACCAAAGCCCUGGACGUGUGGAACGUGGACUGCGUCCCGGUCACCGGGACGACGCACUCCGAGGCGCUGGUCAACACGACCAACGAGCUGGCUUUCCUGUGCAACCUCGACCAGCACUGGUUCGCGGUGCGCAAGACUCGGACGGCGUCGCCCACCGUCCACGCCGAGGCGGCGGCGUGCGGCGACGGCGGGUGGUGGAACUUCAACAGCAUGCUCCCGGCGCCCCAGCCCAUCGGGACGACCUACCUCUCCGCGUUCUUGGCCCAGCUGAGGGAGGAGCGAUACUCCAUCUUCGCGGUGCGAGGGAACCUUCCGGAUGAGUUUGGUCGGUUCGGCGAGGGGGGCGAGCACGGCCGGUGGGUCACCGUGCACGAGGCCGCGGCGGCGAACAGGGAGAGCGACAGGGUCAAAGCCGCCGGCCGCGCGAGGAACAUCGCGUCGAACAUGCUCGCCAAGUUGGGAGCCGGCGGGUGGGGUACCAUCGCGGUUCCCGCCUCCGUCGCGGAGCGCGCCGGCGCAUCACUCGGCGGUACGACGUCCAACGCGGACGAGGACGCGGAGCUUCAGGCGGCGAUCGCGGCGAGCCUGGGAGGGGGCAACAUGCGAGCCGAGGGGGCGGGGGGAGGGGUACCAUCGGGAGGGGUACCAUCGACGGAUGGAGGAUUGGACGACGCCGACGUCGCUCGCGCCAUCGCCGCGAGCCUGGAACCAAACCACCACCCGUCCCCCCACCCACCAUCCGACCCCGACCCGACACCCGUCCCGACCGCCGCGUGGGCGGUCCCCGAGGAGCCCGGCGUGAACGAGGGUAUCGCGCUCGCGUUCAGGGUCCCCGGCGGCGGCAGGCUCCAGCGCAGGUUUCGUACAACGGACGCGGUGGGCGCGUUGGAGGCGUGGCUGGGUCGCGAGGCGGGCAUCGAUUUCGCGGUACACUCGCUCACCGUCGCGUUUCCUCGGCGGAGGCUGACGGACCGCGGGUCGACGCUUGGGGAGUGCGGGGUUGGGGAUAAGACGGCGCUGUCGGUCGAGUCGGGGCGAUAG